AAUGUUGUCUGAAUGAAGCCGUUAGGAUCAUUACCGUAAAAGUUACCAAUGAAGGCCAUGAUUUUAACACAUAGAAGAAGCCAUUAAGUGUACUGCAUUGACAUGUCGAGUUAAAGGGCUUUUUAGUUAGUACGUUGGCCGUGAGGCUCAGCAACUGCUUUUACUGUUUUAACUGUCAUCUGUUGCCAGUUGAAGCGGAAUCAACGUGAUUUGAGGCGUUGCCUGUCGGACUCCGUCAGAGAGCGAACAGCCUAUCCUGGAGGACCAACCGUCACACACACACUCGACAUGCCUUCUCCUGGUAACUAACGACGGACGGACAGCGGCUGUUAAAACAUAUAAAUAUAAUGAUGGGUCGUAUCGGCAGCUAGCUCGCACUAUCUCUUAACCAACCAUGUUGUCACGGAAGACGGUUGACUCGUGACUGAUUGGACGGUAACGGCAGGAAAAGCCAGUAACCACCAGAGAAGACGCACCGAGACACGGAGGAUACAUCCGACCACUCACCUCUCCAGUCACUUCGGUUACCUAGAGACGUGUUUGUUAACCGUUUGACGCCCCCAUAUGCCGGCGCCUACGCCCGUCUCAACACCCUGAAGGCGGCAGAGAGAGAAGGAGAAGGAGGCUCCGGGGUCCCCGACACCGACACACUAACAGCCGAGGAGAGAGAGAGAGAGGCACCGCUGAAAUGAGAUGAGGCUCAGAAAUGGAACUGUGGCCACUGCGAUUAUCUUCUUCACGUCCUUCCUCAGCCUGUCCUGGUACACAGCGUGGCAGAAUGGCAAAGAGAAGCUGGUAGCAUACCAGCGGGAGUUCCAUGCCUUGAAAGAGCGCCUUCGUGUGGCCGAGCACAGGACGCUGCAGCGCUCGUCUGAGCUCAACAACAUUCUCGAGCAGUUCAGACGCGCCAUCGCCGAGACUAACGGCAGCAAAGAUGCUCUCACAAACUUCUCAGACGAGACACAGAAACUACUGAAGGAGCUCGCGAAUAGGAAACCUCUCCAGGUGCCAAAUAUCUACCACCACCUGCCUCACCUACUCAACAAUGAGGGCAGCCUGCACCCCGCCGUGCAGGUUGGUCUCGGCCGCACAGGAGUUACCAUGGUGAUGGGGAUCCCCACAGUGAAGCGGAAGGUGAAGUCUUAUCUGUCAGAGACGCUGCGUUCACUAAUAGACAAGCUGUCACCAGAGGAGAAACUUGACUGUGUCAUUAUUGUCUACGUUGGAGAGACUGAUGUGGACUACGUUCACAGCGUGGUUGCUGGCCUGGAGAAAGAGUUCUCUACAGAGCUGAGUUCAGGCUUGCUGGAGGUGAUCUCCCCGCCAGCCGCCUAUUACCCCGAACUCACCAACCUCAAAGAGACUUUUGGGGACUCCAAAGAGAGAGUCAAAUGGCGGACCAAGCAGAAUCUGGACUAUUCCUUCCUCAUGAUGUAUGCUGUGAGCAAAGGAGUUUACUAUGUCCAGCUGGAGGAUGACAUUGUGGCCAAGCCCAACUACUUUGCCACUAUGAAGAACUUUGCCCUGCAGCUCUCGUCAGAGGACUGGAUGAUCCUGGAGUUCUCUCAGCUGGGCUUCAUUGGGAAAAUGUUCCAGGCUCCAGACCUGAACCUCAUUGUUGAGUUCAUCUUCAUGUUCUACAAGGAGAAGCCCAUCGACUGGCUGCUGGACCAUAUUCUCUGGGUCAAAGUCUGCAAUCCUGAGAAAGAUGCGAAACACUGCGAGCGGCAGAAGUCGGGUUUACGUGUGCGGUUCAGACCGUCCCUGUUUCAACACGUGGGACUCCAUUCUUCUCUUGCUGGAAAGAUCCAAAAACUCACAGACAAGGAUUUCCUGAAGCCACUGCUCCACAAGAUGCAUGUUAACCCCCCAGCUGAAGUCUCCACUUCAGUGAAGGUGUAUCAGGGUCACACGCUAGAGAAGACGUACCUGGGAGAGGACUUCUUCUGGGCUGUCACUCCCACUGCAGGAGACUACAUCCUCUUCAAAUUUGACCGACCUGUUAGCAUAGAGAAGUUCCUGUUUCGCAGUGGUAAUCAAGAGCACCCGGGGGACAAGAUUGAGAACACCACAGUGGAAAUACUGCCUGUUUCGGAACCCGGACUGCAGACCAAAGAGAAGUACAAGCGAACUGAGGACCGCUUUUACAGGAUCGGUCAGUUUGAGAAGGGCGCGGCAGAAGGGGCUGUAGAUCCUUCUUUUAAUCCCAUCAUAGCACUUCGGCUUUCAGUCCUCAAAGACUCAGCAGUGUGGGCCAUCCUCAGUGAAAUACAUAUAAAGAGGAUAGCUGGCUGACUGUUCUGCAGCGGGCACAUGAAUCAUGGCCCCUGGGGGACCAAAAAUCUCCUAGAUUGCUUACGCAGGGCCUCUGGCACCUAGCAACCAGCAGUGAAUUCAUUAGAGCCCACUAGAGUCGCUCGUCUGAACUCGUCUAAGGAACGCCACCUCUCUGUCCCCCACGCUCUCCCUAAUGUACUUUGUUUUUGCUUCUCAUCGAUCGAUUUUUUUCUCCAUUUCUUUCUGCAUCUCUCCCUCACUCUUGUGCUCUUAAUUCAUUUGUGAGAAUGUGAAUACUACUGUCCUAAAGAACAACAGCGGAGCGCGUGAAGACAUCUGUUCCCAGCUCUGGCUGCUCAAAGUGACUGUGUUGUUCAGCAGCUUUGAGCACAAUCAGAAAGAAACGCUCGGAUGAACGAGGACAAAUCAUCACAUCUGGGGAGAACCAGUCACCUGGCCACUGGUGUAGAUGCUGCCAAAUCCUCCUCCUGUUACUCAAUGCUGCCACCUUCGGGCAAGCUGGGGCAUUGCACUGUCACUAGCGCCUCAGCAAAAAAGCCCACGAUGAUCAAGAAUGUUGUCAUCACUAAUGGCCAGUUGCUCUCUGUUCUCGACAGAGAUGACGGAGCUCUAGAUCAACACCAGCCCAAACAACAAUGUUUCCCUCCCAGAGUAUUGUCAGCCACACUCGAAUACUCCACUUGUCCUGAAACACAAACUCAGGACGAGCUUCAAAAAUCCUGCCUGUAGCCAGUCAGUAACAACUUUGACCAUACUGUAGGCCAGAUUCCGUGGUAACUACCCCGAUCCAUCGAGAAAACAAGUACCAUGACACCAUAUCUAUCUCACCUCCUGUCUGACAGGCCGUGUGUGACCUCAGUGUCCAUUUCUAGUAAACCAAUCAGACAUUGCCUUGGCGUCAUUUUCCCGAAGGAAUAUAUUGUUAUAUUGAUAUAUUAUUACAGCUAUGACGAUCUAUGAAGGUGACUUAAUUUAUUUGAAAUAAAUCUUUAAUUUGUACAAGAGGUAAAAUAUAUUUUUAUUCUAUUGAGAGAUGUUUAUGGUAGUUCAGAGUACGUUUUAUUUGUGCACUGUUGUGUUUUGUUUCUUUUUCUAAAUUGCUAUUGUACAUUUUCUUUUCGUUGUCGCGGCUACGUUGCGAUGUUGCUACUGUCUGCCCGGCGCAAGUAGCUUGGUUCAGUCUGUAUCGGUUUCUUUUCACCUGAAGCGAAACGUUACAACUAUUUAAUUUUCUCUUCUUAAAGUCUGAAUGGUAGGAGAGUUGUGAAUAGAUUCUGUUGAAGAAGUUGUGGGUCAAAAUUGGGAAAAAAUAUGUGCCUUAUGUCCAGGUCCCUUGAAAUUGUCUCAGCAACAUUAUUCCAAUCUCUCACUCUUGCCUACACUUUGAUUGCUGGAUAUACUAAUAUUUUUAAAAUAACACACACAGUCCAAUUAGUGAUUGGAUGUUCAGAACAAUAUCUCUGUUAUGCUAAGUGGAAGUGGUAAAAAAGAGAGGGGGGUUUUGUACCAGAUUACCAUCUGAAACAGCGUGAUUUGCACUGCUUUUUCACUGUUUUUUUUGUUGCCAUCACACCCUCCACCAUUGUACCUGAAUUUCCCAUCUUCCCAUAGUAAAUGCUCAUUUCACUGACUCCUCCAAAUCUACGUAACAAUCUAUUUUGUCCAGUCAAGUAUCUGUUUUUCGAUUGGACAGAAUAUUAUGACUACUGAUCAUUGCUGAGUGCGCCUUUUUGUUGUAUGAUUUGGCUGAGGUUGUGUAGUACUUUCACUGAUUGUAAAUAUAUAAAAAGCAAUGAGCAUUAUCUCCCUUUCUUUCCCUCACUCUCUCUUCUGCCUCAUUUAUUAGUUUAUUGAAAUUUGCUUGACAUGUUUUGUCUUUGUGUGGGUGGCCAAUGUUUCGAGUGGACGCAAUUUUUAAGUGAAACUUCACUCAUUUUACAUCCCAGUGGUUUAUUCAAGGGGGUAGUGAAGUGCCUUUUUGGUGGAAUUGAUGUGAAAAAUGGGACAUUUUUUGCUAGUCAUGUUGUUCACAUGCAUGAUUAUUAUUUGUAGUGCAGUGUUUUUGGUCAGAGCAGGCUCCUCCACCCCCUGAUCAAACCAUCCAUGCUAGAGCUGUACUCAUGAAGUAGCUUGAUUGCCGCCUCUUCAUCAUUCUUUUUUUGAUUGGGAGAAGAUGAGAGCAAGCCACUUAAAUGGUGCAACAUGUUGUUUUGAAAGGGGAAAGACACUUUCAGUACUGCUAACAGGAUUGGCUUUUCCCCUCUUGUCGUGGAUCCACAUACAAACUGAAUGCAUGAAAACAGCAUGAACGGUCUGAUUCCCCUACUGUACUCGUGGAAAGUGGACUGGAGACAAAAAGACAAGAACUCUUCCCUUGAUCGACAACCCCCCCAUACACCCAUCAGUUCAUGUGCCUUCAUCAUAUACAUGUGUAUGCCUGCCUCUGAUGUUUUUGGCAUCAUUUUUCAUGGACAUCUUUGAAAUAAAUGAUAAAAGUUCGUUGGAAGUCA